AUGGCAGCCCCCGUGCUGCUGCUGCUCCUCGCCAGGCUGGUGUCAUCCACGUGGCACGAAGGCUCUGGCUACUACCUGGAGAGCCACACCAACGAGGUGUACGCGGAAGAACCCCCGCCUGAGCCCGCCCUGGAUUACCGCCGAGUGCCCCAGUGGUGCGCCACGCUCACCAUCCACCGCGGAGAGGCCGCCUGCCACUCGCCGCGGGGCAGCUCCUACCGCAGCAGCCUGGGGACACGCUGCGAGCUGAGCUGCGCCCGCGGCUACCGCCUGGUGGGUCCCAGCGCCGUGCACUGCCUGCCCAGCCGCCACUGGUCGGGGAUGGCGUACUGCCGACAAAUCCGGUGCCACGUGCUGCCCGCGGUGCUACGGGGCUCCUACGUGUGCUCAGCGGGCGUGCAGAUGGAUUCCCGCUGCGACUACACCUGCCAGCCCGGCUACCAGCUGGAGGGCGACCGGAGCCGCAUCUGCAUGGAGGAUGGGCGCUGGAGCGGCAGCGAGCCAGUCUGUGUAGAUCUGGAGCCUCCCAAGAUCCGCUGCCCAGACUCCCGGGAGCGCAUAGCAGAGCCGGGCAAGCUGACUGCCACCGUGUACUGGGACCCUCCCCGCGUCAGGGACUCUGCUGACGGUGUCAUCAAGAGGGUGAUGCUGCGGGGCCCGGAGCCCGGCUCGGAGCUCCCCGAAGGAGAGCAUGUGAUCCGCUACACCGCCCACGACCAGGCUUACAACCGCGCCAGCUGCAAGUUCAGCAUCCGCGUCCACGUGAGGCGCUGCCCUGUCCUGAAGCCCCCGCAGAACGGGUACAUCUCCUGCACCUCCGACGGCAACAACUACGGCGCCACCUGCGAGUACCUGUGCGACGGGGGCUUCGAGCGGCAGGGCACCUCCCUGCGGGUGUGCCAGUCCAGCCAGCACUGGACGGGCUCCCAGCCCCUCUGUGCUCCCAUGCAGAUCAACACGGACGUGAGCUCGGCCGCCAGCCUGCUGGAUCAGUUCCACGAGAAGCGCCGCCUCUUGGUCAUCUCGGCCCCCGACCCCUCGAACCGCUUCUACAAGAUGCAGAUCUCCAUGCUGCAGCAAGCUGCCUGCGGGCUGGACCUGCGGCAUGUCACCACCGUGGAGCUGCUGGGGCAGCCCCCGCACGAGGUGGGACGCAUCCGGGAGCACCGGCUGUCCCUGGGCAUCAUCGAGGAGCUCAGGCGCUACCUGCACCUCACACGCUCGCACUUCAACGCCGUGCUGCUGGACAAGGCGGGCUCGGACCGCGAGCGCUACAUCGCCCCGGUCAGCCCCGACGAGCUCUUCGUGUUCAUCGACACCUACCUGCUGAGCGAGCGUGAGGCAGCACGGCGGGCACAGAGCGGGGACCCCUGCGAGUGA